AUGGCUGUGAGAGCUCCUCUGGGGUUUAGUCCUUCGACAAAUCCGUUGUUCUCCCCAUUUUCGCCCUUUCCAGAGCAUCCGGAUUCGCCUCGACCUCGGGCAGCUGCGAACUCUGGUCUUCCCAUGUCUUCUACUGCCGACAAGAGCAGUUCGACAACUGAUAAUCAGCUCAAACCUCCGCCCGCGAACUAUAUUACUUCGCCCCAAGAUCCGGUGGCGCCUUCGCCGGUCGCCUCGGACGUGACCAACUUUGAGGACGUGGAUGAAGAAGUGGAAGAGGAGGGUACAGAACGAGGCUCGGUAAUCGCAGGUCCCGCGGCAUUCAAUGAGGCACAGAGACCACCGGUCACGUCUCCUCUCCGGGAGGGUCUGCAACACAUUGCAACUCCACUGCGGGUCGACACAGGUCCUACUCUGGACGAACAGUUCCGUGCAAGACUAGAAGAGGAGAAGGAGCCUCAGUCUGUCAUCCAUAUACCAACAGGCUUUGGCAAGUUUCCGAACCAGGAGGUCUCUCGGUCGUAUCCUGAGAAGGAGCAGGUUGGGUCCCAAGAAGCCAUUGCAGGACAGUCUCAAACGCAAGAGACCGGAGACAUUGAGAGAUCAAGGGCGGAUUCGACUACUUCUAAAGCUUCAGAAGCUACCAUCACCAAACCGCCGGCCCCUAAAUCAGGUGUCAAGUCCCAUGAGGGUCCGAUGCCUCCCACGCCGCUACAAACCUCUCUUCCUUCGCUGCCUCUACACGACUGGUCGCGCACUCCGAGAGCACAGACAAGACAGGACCUCAGCUCCCUCAGCCGUCCUGGCUCUAGUCUUGCCAGCAUUCUCGAGGGCGAUGACACUGACCACCCCAGCACCGAUGAGACCGGGGAUGAAAGUCAGCUCGGCCAGCGGUUUUUACGUGACGCCGAAGCUGAAAUCAACGCCCUCCGCAAUGCCUUGUCCGAGUGCUGGACGUUGUGCAACACAUUGGCCAGCUUGAGCCACAUUCACCGCGAGAGAAUCUUCAACUUUUCUGGCCGUGGUGAUAUGCAGGAACAAGCGUGGAAAUCCUGCUGGAAGCUGUGCCAGAACCUGUACGACACCAGAGACAACCAUCUGUCCCAAAUCUUUUCUCACAACUCGUCGCGACCGACCCUCGACCUCUGUCGCGACUUUUGCCAGGCGCUGUUUGAGGUCCGCGUGCGUGACAAUGAGACGGCUGACUCUGUCCUCCGGGUCAGCUUUGAGUUGAACAACCAUUUGUUCAACACCCAUGAUCGCAGUCUCCCUGAGGCUUUCCGGGAAAGGACGUUGGAUUUCUACAUCACUCUGUGCCAUCGACUAAUGAAGCAGAAGUCCAAGAUGGCUGAUGAGACGGAUUCCCUCCUUCGUGCGUGUUGGUCUUUGGCGGAGAUGUUGUUUAGCCUGAGACAAAACCGACGGGAAGGGAAGAGACCUGACGAAGAGCUUCUCGGCUCCGCUGUCCAAGCAUGCUGGGAACUGUGUGACCUGUUCCGGGAGGGCUGGACGCAAAUCCGCCCUGAACGAGGAACCCCGCGACCCAGCCAAACAACCUUCACCCAAGCGUUCAAUCAAGCCAAACGGUCUGGGUUCGCUCCGUUGGACGAAAACGGCAACCCCAGAGUACUCCCCGAAACACCGACGACGAUUUUCGAGGACACAGUUACCACCAUCUCACCAGAUGAAGCACCUGUUCCGAACAUUCUCGUCCUUGGAGCUGAAGAAGCAUCCAGGAUGUCAUCUGCCUCUUCCACCUCCUCCGCCCCUGCGCCGAAUCAAAGCAGACAACUGUCACCUAAUCCACCUCAGCCGCGUAACACGCAUCCUGCAAAUGUCGGAGCCCCGUCCGCCGCCAAUCACCGAUGGUCAACGACCUCAUCCGUCCUGUCUCUCCCAGCAUCGGCCGCUUCAGAAGGGGGCCCAAAUCCCAUGUCGGCCACCACAGUGUCAACUGUACGGACGCCAGCCGAGGAUCCGACUCUCAUCCUUCUCAAGACGUUGUUCGUGAAGGCCGCCCAGGCCACCGGCCGAGGAUACACCCGAGCGUCGGCAGAUCCUAAUCUGAACUCUCUGCCAGACUUCGCCAGGAACUUGCCUGACACCGCGUUCGGUACCCUAACGUGGCAAGUAACGCUGUUGGAUAAUUAUCGGAAGACCAUCGCUAAUGACAGUACAUUUCGCAACCUGGGCGUCGCCGGGACCAUUGCCGAGCAGGGACGCAUCAAUGCCGUUGAACUAGCGCGAGCCGUCCGCGGGAUGACAGACUGCGUGUAUGGAUUUAACUGGCUUCGAGAUUUGUACCGUUUUGUGUUCGGAUACUAUGUCGAGGAGGCGCUCAAGGGAAGCAACUCCCACGCUGGCGCAGCUCGCAGGUCGGGCCGACAAAGCGGUCCUGCCGCGAGCCUUGUUGCUGCUGUCAUGAACAACGGCAACAACAGCAACAACAAUAACCCCUCAACGUCCGGCGUUGGCACUGGAGCAACGUCUGCGGGAGGAAACACCGGUGCAUCGAAGGGUGGCGGCAAUGGGAACGGCAAUGGACUCAUUCACGGGCGGAGGCCAGUGAGUUCGUGA